AGCGUUCAGACGGUUUGGUUUGGUUUGGUUUUGGUUCAGUUCAGUUUGCCUGUGCCAGCGGUUUAGCCACCAAAUACGAAAGCAGCUUAAAUUCGACCUUUAAGCAGUAAAAAUCACAAAAUCUAACUAACUUUGAGCCGCGAAAAUUAUCGGCCGGUGUGAACUGUUGUCCGCUAAUUCGAAAAUAACGAUUCGAAAUUUGGCAAUUAAUCGAAAAUAAAGUGCAACGAGAAACGGCCGACAGCCAGCGGGGCAUAUUGGCAUUAUACAAAUCAAAUGUAUAUAAUCCACAUACAAUAAAGGAAACGUUAGCAGCUAAUUCGCAUUUGAUUAGUUUAUGUUUCUGUCUCGAUUCAAAUAUUACGUUUUGAUUGCGUGCAUCGUCCAAAAGCAAAGUAGAGAGUGUGGUGGAUUCGUGGUCGUCUAACCAUCGGAUUACUGCGCUAUUAGAUUGGAUACAUUUUCCUAAGAUACUUGGCCAAAAUGCUAGUGAGACAUUUGAACAGCCUGCCUUGGGCUUUGCUGGCGGUUCUUCUGCUGGCUGCUCUGAAGUUACAUGUGACCAAUGCGGAAUCCAGUGGCGAUCACAAGGAGGGGGAGGUGGAGAGCGCCAGCACGGAGAGCAACGAGAUCAUUCCCAGGGAGGCCAUUCAAAAGCUGGACUACUCCGUAAGGCAGGCUUUACUUCGGGCCAUCGAUAAGCUGGAACAGGAAGAGGCGGCUGCCACGGAGAGUGGUGAGGAAAGUCCCAGCAGCAGUGGUUCCCAUUCCCUGCUUCUGCGAGCAGAGAGCUCCACUCUGCCAUCGCACCGCGAAAAGGAUGAGAUUCUGGAGGAGAGCACCAGGGGCAACGAUCCGGAGCCAGUGGUGCCAACUGUCCAAUUCUACACGGCCACCUUUGACGAGAAGAAUGCCCAGGAGCAGCUGCUUUCCUCCUUCAUCGAUCGCUCCAAGCUGUGGAAGAAGACCACCAUCCGGAAACUGAAUCAACCUGCCGCUACCUUGUCCCUCGAACCGAAAUCCACGGAGGCGGAAGGUCCAGAGAAUCGUCAGCUUACCCGGAGCGUGGAUAGCUCCAGUUCCGGAUCCGUGAGCAGCAAUGAGAUCUCCCACGACAGCGGCAGUCACGAGAUCAAAUUCGAGAUCAGCAAUGUGAGGAAGACCACCACGCCCACGACCACUACGUCUACGACUACAUCCACAACCACUACGCCCAGACCCCGCACCACUAGACGUCGCACCACGACAACGACGACAACCACGACCACAACCACGCCAAGGCCCACCCACAAUGAGGAUGGGGAGAACAUAGAGCUGGUCGACAAGCAGGACAUUCGCAUCCAGGAAGCGCCACUCGUGACCGCUUUCACGGUGGAUCUGGACGAGCGUGGUACGGCUCAAAGGUUCCGCCCAUUGCUGGCGGGCAACCAGCUCCAUCAGCGCACCGCCAACUUUGCAGCGCCACAGCAGCAGCAACAGCUGCCCCACAUCGGACCCACCAUCACUAAGCUGAAUGUUUUGGAAACAGAGCCGCCGGCUACUCAGCUGCCCACCCAGUUCCCGCCCACAGGCGGCAGCACCUCCACCACACAGAUCAGUACGAGCACCAGUGCCGGCGGUGGUUUCUCCACCACUCCCGCCUUCCUGGCCAGCUCUACGAGCAAUUAUGUGAAGCAGGAGCCCCUGAACAAUCUGCCUGAGCCGCCCAGUGUGAAUAACUAUCUGAUCGAGCGACAGCGAGCUCUGGAGCAGCAGAUCUACCAGUUGAAAGUGCAGGCACAACAGCAGCAGGCUCUGAUCCUGCGUCAACUGAAGCUGUUAGAGGAGCAGACCCAAAGCCGUUUCCAGGGCUCACCGAUUGCCCAACCCAGCACAUUGCAGCCACAGCAGCAACAACAGCAGCAGCAACUGCCGCAAGUACAGCAGCAACUGCCGCAAGUACAGCAGCAACAUGGUCCGCUGGAGGCCAUUCAGACGGGUCUGCAACCGCCCACUUUGGGCGCGGGUUACUCCAUAAGACCUUCGGUCGAAUUUAUACCCAGCACACAUACCAAGACUGUUAUUUAUCCCACAUAUCCAAUUGAGCAGCAAUUGCCGCUGCGCGAUGCCGUUUCGGGUCAUAAAUUCGCCCUGCACAAUGGCAACAUAAACGCGAAUAACUAUCAGAAGCCGCCAGCGAAUGCAGUGCAGCAGAUUUUCCAAAAUUUGCAGCAAUCUCUACAGAAAUCGAACGAAAGCCCCCAGGUUCAGCCCUCCAAUCAGUUCAACUUUGCACCGGCCGAGGCGUCGCAACUACAGGCCUUGCCCCAUAACAAUUACAAGCCAUUUCAACAGCAGCAGCAGCAACAGUUGCUGCUGCCCAACUACGUCAGCAAUGCGGUGUUCCAGCAGCAGCAGCAACAACAUCAGCAACAGCAGCAGCAAAGGGCGCGGCAAUUCCGCCAGGAGACGGGAGUAGGUAACUUCGGUUUGAAUUCCAAUGUGGAGAUUCAGCCGAGCAACUCCUUCGCCACCACGAUUGUUAGCCAGCAGCCUGGCCUCAAUUCCAAUCCCAGUCUGGAGAACCAGAACUUCUACAGGCAGCACUUGACGCCACAGUUGAGCAACCAGUUGCAGCAAAACGCGCAGCAAUAUCUGCAGCAGCAGCAGCAGCAGCAGCAACAGUUGCAGCAGCCAAAAGCCAGCGGCGACAUUAGUCCAGCUCUCAACCAUGGGAUACCGCAGUUCGCCUCACAAAACCUGCACUUCAACGGGGCCUUUUGAGCACUUGCACCACCAAAAAGCACCACCAACCAGCACCACCAUCCCGCUCCACAACCAGCACGAACUCCAAACACCUCCUGCUCCUCUGAGUCCUUUUUACCCAGAAACAAGUAUCUACCGCCCUACACGUUGACUUAAGUUUUGCGUACAACAUCUUUGUAAAUAUACAAUCUAUUUUAAAGCGUAAGCAUCGACCUAAGAAAAACAUAUAAAAAUGAGCAGGAUGAGUAAUGCGGAGGAUAUGAGAAUUAUGGUAAAGCAAUGUGUUGAAAUGUAACAAUUAUUUAUUUUCUAUGUGAAUAAAGUUUAUCUUAAAGUAC